AUGCGGAAUGCAACAAUUGAAAUUUUUGAACGAACCGGAAACAUUGGUUUCCAUGACAGCAACGUGACAGCCAUUUAAACAGACGUCAGUCGGUUCGACAAAACAAACAUUUCGUAUUCGUUCGUUUUGUUGCAAUAUCUUCGCCUAAUUAGCGGGAAUACAUAUAAUUUUAUACCGAAAUGUCCGACAAAAGUAAAGCAUUACCUCCGCCAACUGCCAAGAAUAUGAAAUUAAGGCGUCCUUCAACGGUUAGCACCGCCACUACGUCGUCGCGUUCAAAAAUAACACCGAACGCAAAUAAGGAUAAAAAUGCCCUGCCUCGGCCGAAAGUUAACAAAAACGCGACGAUCCUUGGAGAAGGGGAUGUAACUAUAUGCAAACCAGAAGGUUCUUUCCCUGAUUUCGACUCGGAACAGCGGCAAAUAGCCUAUGGGAAAUUCAUGCGAACUAUGCUUGAAGAUUGCCUUGUGGACGAAAAAAUUGAUUUGGAGGAGACCCAGAUGGACAUCCAGAUGGCCCAGUUGGCAGACAGGUUCCAGAAGACUGUGGAACAGUUGGAUAAAACUAGUAAAAGAUUGAAGAAUAUAUCAUUUGUUGUUGAAAAGAAAAGAUUAAUAGACCUAAAGACCCGUGACGUCUCACAUUUCUACGAUAUGACAGAGUCAUCGAAAGUGGAAGAAAUUCUUAAAGAUUUAAACAAAACGGAAGAAGCUUGUCUUGAUAAAUUGGAAACCAAAAACAUUGACUUUGGCUAUGAUAAGAACAGCGGCCAUAAACAAUUGCUGGAUGCUGUGAAUGAUGCCAUAGAGGGUUUGGAACAGAUAAAAAAGCAUUCUAAACUUGAUAUGGAAAAGUUCAAGGAAUAUGAAAAGUCUCAAAAGGCUUUGGUGGAUAUGGAAAAGGAUAGGUUUGAAUUGGACAGCUUGAAAGCAGAAUUUGAUGUGAAGUUUCCUAAUUUUAGCGAGAAACUGAUGAAAGAAGUAUCGGAGAAGAUUGCGGGCAUCAUGAAUGAUGACGAGGAAGACUGAUGAUGGUUUUAGAUUUGUAUUUGUUUAGAUUUAUAUUUUAUUGUAAAUAAAAGUUGUUAAAUCUUUCAA